AUUUUCAAUUAAUAUUUUUUGAACAAGAUACAAGUUUAAGCACAGAAUAUUUGAAAUUAAAUUGAUCCCGCUGUUUGGAGAUUUUUCAUUUCUACUUUUAUAUGAUAGAUGGGUCGUAGUAUUUCGUCACUACCGCUACCACUACCACUACCACCACCGUCAUAGCCUAGGUCCGAACUACAACACAAUUUGUUGUGUGAUUAGUAAACCCGUCUGUCCACAGCGUGGGAUAAUCACCAUUCACCGCGUUACUGCGUCAUUCUCGCGUGCGACCUCUCGCCCGUAGUUCUGUCGUUCGGUUAAUGCUCGUCCACCAAUCUCCAACACGAGCCGUAUAGUACCUCAGUACCCAUAAUUCAGCUCUGCAACCACGACAUGACGAAGACGGACGUUUCUGCCGCUGACGGCGAGCGACCAUGGCCCGACCGAAUGACGGCUUGGCAGAUUGACGCCUACGCGCCGUUUAAAGACUCGGCCAAGCUCAACGACAAGGCAGAAUCGCCCGCGUCCCUCGGGCCCAAAGAAGUUCUGGUGCGCGUCAGGGCAUCGUCCGUCAAUCCCAUUGACGUCUUCAUGUCCGAGGGUUAUGGUCAAGUGCUAUUGAGCAGGGUCCGGCAGGCAAAAAAGAAGUCCUUUUUUAGACCCGUCGAGUUCCCGUUGACUCUGGGACGGGAUUUCGCAGGUGAAGUAGUUGCGAAAGGAGCUGAAGUUGGCUCGGAACACUUGAACAUCGGCGAUGCCAUUUUGGGCGUCGUAGCUCCUUACCAACACGGUUGUCAUGCCCAAUUCGUCACCGUUCCCGUAACUCAGGUAGCCAAGAAGCCCGAUCAUAUGUCCUACGAGGAAGCGGCGUGCUUGUUGUACACAGGCCUAACCACGUGGUGUGCCUUGACAUCGGCUGGUGGCGUGAACGCUUCAAACGCUGCUGACAAGAACGUACUGGUCAUCGGCGGAUCCGGUGGUGUCGGUAAUAGUGCGAUUCAGAUACUCAAGUCGUGGGGUGCUAAGGUAACUACCACAUGUAGUACAAAUGCUAUAAAUCUAGUGAAAGGACUUGGACCAGAUAAUAUUAUUGACUACACCACCACAGAUGCGCAAAAACAGUUGGAACAAUUCGGAAAGUACGACCUGAUUCUGGACGCGGCCGGGAUACCAUACGAAGAUAUCGGCGGCUCAUACACGCCGCUGUUGAAACCUUGGUCAUGGGCAAAAUUCGUCACCCUCCGCAGUCCUGUGUUGCACAAUACGGACUCGUACGGAAUGGUGUUCGGAAUGCUGAAGAACGCAUACGACCUGGUGGCGCCGAACGUCUGUUCGGGCGCCGUUUUCAAAGGCUCCUCGAUCCGUUGGGGUUUUUUCAUGCCCGCUGAGCGUGGAGUUGAAGAGCUAGCCCGGCUGGCCACAGAGAAGAAGAUCACCGUACCCGUCGACAGUGUUUACAGGUUCGCGGACAUGAAGGAGGCGUUCGAAAAGGUAAAGGCCGGACACCUCCGCGGCAAAGUGGUCGUGACGUUUGACGAAAAGUAACGGGAAUGGCCGGUGUUAACCUCGAAUUUCAGAACUUCUAUAUAGAAGCAAAGACCGAAUACAAUAAAACAUUAUCUCCGGCUUGUUAAUACAAAAUCCAUUUGCUUCUGAAACUCUUUAUUUUGUCUUCCCGAGAAAUAUAUCAUCCAUCCUACAGAUUGUAAUGAUCAAUUUCUAACUUAAAUUUAUAUAUCUUCUCUUAUACCUAUAAUAAGUUACAUUCUAUUUUACAUUAUAAUUGAAGUGUACACUCAUAUAGGUACUCAUUUAUAUAAUAUUAAGUAGGUAUUGCCUAAAAAAAUGUCAUCCAUUCAUCUCUUAUUCUGCAGAAAAUGAGUCUUAGCAAUUACUAAUGAGUAUGUAUCAGCUUGACCAUUGAUCAAUGUCUGUUUAAAAAAAGAGGUAGCAUUGUAUAUUUGUAUGCAAACUACCUUAUAUGUGUAUUUCCAACAUUAUUUAGUCUUAUAAUCUAAUGUGUAGUAUAUUUUAGAGUCUGAUAUGUGAAUGUGUUAUUUCAAUCAAUUUUUUGUUUAGUAUAAUUAUUGUAAUUUGUAGUCUUAACUGUGUAUUUUUUUUUGAAAUUUUAUUUUAAACCCAUUUAUUUUAUAAGUACUACUUGGUAAUAAAGAUACAUUAUAUUGCCAUUC